CUGUACCGCACAAUACUCAGGCCACGAUGGAGUAUGAGUGAUUUAUUGCCUUCCAUAGCGCGCGGGCGCGCACACACACACACACACACACACACACACACACACAGCCCACUUGCUUAGCGCGCGCGCGCACACACACACAGAGAGCUGAUGAAGAGAUAACACCCACAGCAGCAUCGUCCGGAUCAUGGGCUUCUCUGAAAGGGAUUUCCAGGAUUUCCUAAAAACAUGUGACCCACUUCUUUUUAUUCGAUUAUUCGAGCUUUCCUCUGGAUACUUUAUAUCGAAUAAGAGCAUCGCGGUGAAUGGGGAAAGUGGGCGUCCUGCGGAUUGAUCACUAGCAUCAGCCAGCUUCAGCAUGUCAGAAAACACAACAUUACUGCUUUCCAGCCCCACAUAUUUAUUGGACAGCUCUUCUCUGCCGAAUGUCUCUGUACCACCGCCGCUGCCUGCCUGGGAGACCCCGACCUUCACUACUGCUGCUCGAUUCCGCGUUGUGGCCACGCUGGUGCUCUUUAUAUUUGCAGCGGUCAGUAACCUGUCUGUGCUGCUCAGCGUGACACGGGGUCGAGGCAGACGCUUGGCCUCACACUUGCGUCCGCUCAUCGCCAGCCUGGCCUCGGCUGACCUCGUCAUGACCUUUGUUGUGAUGCCCCUGGAUGCAGUGUGGAAUGUUACGGUGCAGUGGUACGCUGGCGAUGCCAUGUGUAAGCUGAUGUGCUUUUUAAAGCUGUUUGCUAUGCACUCGGCUGCGUUCAUCCUAGUGGUUGUGAGCCUGGACCGACACCACGCUAUCCUGCACCCACUGGACACACUGGAUGCAGGACGCAGGAAUAGGAGGAUGCUGUUGACUGCAUGGAUACUCAGCCUUCUCCUUGCUUCCCCACAGUUGUUCAUUUUCCAGGCAAUAAAGGCCAAGGGAGUUGACUUUGUCCAGUGUGCUACACAUGGAAGCUUCCAGCAGCAUUGGCAGGAGACGGCAUAUAACAUGUUCCACUUUGUUACGCUCUAUGUGUUCCCACUGCUUGUCAUGAGCUUGUGCUAUACACGUAUACUGAUUGAAAUCAACCGCCAGAUGCACAGAAGCAAGGACAAAGCAGGAGAGCCCUGUCUGAGACGCAGUGGAACGGAUAUGAUCCCCAAAGCCCGCAUGAAGACCCUAAAAAUGACCAUUAUUAUUGUUGCCACCUUCAUCAUUUGCUGGACACCGUAUUACCUCCUUGGAAUCUGGUACUGGUUCCAGCCACAGAUGCUGCAAGUAAUUCCUGAUUACGUUCAUCAUGUCUUCUUUGUUUUUGGAAACCUCAACACGUGUUGCGAUCCAGUCAUAUAUGGUUUCUUCACACCGUCCUUCCGUGCUGACUUGUCCCGAUGCUUCUGUUGGAGGAACCAGAAUGCAUCAGCUAAGUCUCUCUCGCAGUUCUCUGGCCAUAGGAGAGAAGUCAGCGGGGAAGCAGAGUCAGACUUGGGCAGUGGUGACCAACCCAGUGGACAACAAGCACAAAUGAUCUGAAUGUAACUUAAUAAAGAUUUGUGCCAAGACAACAUAGAAAGGGAAAUGUGGUGAUUACCUGAAAUCAUGUUUUUACCUCUGCCUUAUCUGCCAGUCUGUUUCAUGUGCCAUAGAAAUCUCUUAUCAUCUCCCAACAUGAGCUUAUACUCUGAUGUUAAAUUGCAAUCUGACCCAGAUAUAACUAUUUAAUAUCUGUAAGUGAUUUUUUUUAAAUCAAAGAUCUCCUUGAAACACUAUAGAGAGCAGGUCAUAUGUAACCUGAAACUGACACAAAUUAGUUUUCCUUGAGUCUGUAAUCGAUUACACCAGCUCUGACAUGAAUCAGUGACAUGUUAAUUUGCAAACUGCCACCAUUAAUUAUAUGUACAUGCAUUGUGGUUGUGCUUGGUAUGAAUUAUAGCUCUUACAAAGAGUAUUUUUCUGUUUAACAUCUGCUAUUAAAGGACAGUUGAUUUCCAAGACCAGCUGUAACUUAGUGCAACAUUAACUUAUGUUUGGGUGCCUGAAGUGAAAAUGCAAACACCUUGGUCAGUUAUGAAAGAACGCAGCAUGGGAUGACCAAAGAACAGCUUUGGUUGUGAUGAAAAGCUGUUGAACAACACUCUCAUGGAUAAACAGUAGCAAUAUAAACUUUAAAGCAUUACCAUAAAAGAACAAAUACAUAAACACAACCUCCAAUUAUUUUACGUUACGGUUUAUUGUAUACUUUUACAUGUAGCUACUUGGUGGAGGUUUGCACGUUCUCAAUAUCUCUGCAUGGGUUUACUCUGGGUACAUCACACAGCUGGGAACAUGUCAAUGAUGUCUGCAUGUUUGUCUCUCACACACAAAAAACUAAGGCAUACCAUGUACACCUCAUGGUUAUCUAAGUGCUUGUUGUGGCUAGGCAAGUUGUGUUUGAUCAGAUUGACCAAACGAUUAAAGUAUGUGUAAAUGUUGCUGACCUUUUGAACAAGGAAUACAUUUACUAUAAAAAGGUGAGAUGUAGAAAAGAAAAUGUACAGACCUAUUAGCUUAGCUUACCAAAGCAUGUAUUAAUCUUUGAAAAAAAAGUGUCAAGCAUUAAGAAUAGGAAGAAAUGAUCGAUAAUUGCUAUUAAGUUAAAAAAACAAACAAAAAAAAUCCUGUGUAUAUGAAGCACAGGAUAGACUG